AUGCCUUCAUCGUCCGAGAUCGCACCUGACCGAUCCUCACUUCAACACCAACUCUCUGGGAAUCAACACUCUGCAGAAGAGGUCACCCAAGCUGCGGAUUCAGUGACGGUCACGGAGGAGGCUUCGGCGCCGAGAAGAACGCGUCCCUCACGAGCCUGCUCUGUUAGGGCACAGCAGCGUCUUCAAGAGCUGCAAGCAGCCGAGAGAAAGUUCAGACAACCGAAAAAGAAGCAGAAGCAGAAGCUUCAACGUAGAGAGGAGGUGGAGGAUGAAGAGGAUGUGGACGAUCGAGAAGAAGAGGAUGGAGACGAGUCACCGAGUAAUGAGCAGCAGCAAUGCGGUGGAGGAAGCGCUGCCAAAAUCGUUACUUCACUGGUGCAGCCUCCGGAACCUUCACAGGUGCCAAGGAGGAGCAUUCGUUCCAUGUGGGAACUUGCUUCCAUACUUAAUUUCUUGCAUGUUUUUAGACCGCUUUUGAACAUCAAAGCCGAGUUUUCGGCUGAGGAGUUGGAAACGGCUCUGCUUAAUCCAAAUGAUACUUUAAGUGAUGUGCAUAUCCCUCUGCUAAAGGCCAUUCCUCCUGUAACUCGGAUGGCACUCACACGCGAUACGUGGGUUACUGUCUUAUGCAGAAAACUAAGAGAUUGGUGGCACUGGGUCGCAGAAGGGGACCUUCCUAUUGUUGCCUCUCAUGGGCUAGAGAUUGAACUGUACAAAUCACUCGAUCCAGGCAUCCGUGUGGUGAUUCUGAAAGCUUUGUGUGACAUUCGUGUUGAGCAAGAGGAUAUCAGGGGAUACAUUGAUAGUUCACUUAAAAGUGGAGUUGAUAUCUCAACAUUUCGUAAAAAUCGUGCUGGAGGCGAUUCGCAUGGAGUUAAUUUCUGGUACGAAGAUGACUCCUUAGUUGGUCACCGUUUAUAUCGCGAAAUCAGGAAGGCUGAGGUUGGGAAGGUCAGAACAAAGGGGUCUAAUGUUCUUUCAAACGUAACAUACCAUUGGGAAACUGUGGCCACUAAUUUCGAUGAGUUCCAAGAUGUUUCUGAGAAACUUUUUUCAAGUAGCAGUAGAGCAGAAGCUUCUCUAGGGAAGAAGUUGAAGAAUGAUAUGCUUCCUGAAAUAGAGAAAGAACAUAAGAGGAAAGAAAAAUUAUUAAAAAAGCAACAUAGACAGGCUCUUCUCCUUGAUAGCUUCUUGGAUGUUGAUGGCUUUGGAGCUGGUCGUUCUCGCCGUGAUAGAAAGCCGGUUACAUACACUUUUGAUGAUUAUGAUCGUUCGAUAAAUGAAGCUAUCAAGACAACCAAGAAGAAACCUCCAUCACCAGAGCUUUCUCUUCACAGAAGAGAACCUGACAAGUUGGAGGCAUCUGCAAAUGGCGGAUGGACCAGUACGAGCCACCCAUCUGAGCCUGUUCACGAUACAACAUCUGUGAGAUCUUCUGAUUUUGCUGAUAACAGACGGAGACAACGGCCUCAGCGGUAUUCAACUAUGGACUUUGUUGAAACUGCUUCAGAUAAUGAGGAAGACUUUGAAAGUGACGAUGACAUUGUUGGGGAAGCGGUUUAUGAUGAAGAAUAUAUGAAGAAGCGUAAACAGGGGAAAGAGCUUUCUAGUGCUUCCGAGGGAGAUGAGGAGUACCAGUGGGAAGAAGACAAUGCCAAUGAAGAGGAAGACGAAGAAGAAGAAGAAGAUUCUAUUAAUGCUAGCGAAGAAGACAGUGAUGAACCCCGGAGGUUUAAGAAAUUUCCACGGAGAGGAACUAAGUUAAGAUCAAGGUCAAAUCAUCCCCAGCCAGGCCUGAGGCGUAGUAAAAGAGCCACAAGAGUCAACUACCAGCAGUAUGAGCCCUCAGAAUCAGACGAUGAAGCAACAAGACCUGCAAAAUCCAGGCGAUUGGUUGAACAUGAUGAACCCUCUGAUGAAACAGAGAAUGGGGACUUCUCAAUGGUAAGCCAGGACUCUGAAGAAAAUGCUUAUGAUCCAGAAACAAAAGUUGUUGAUGAAGAAGACGCAGAGGCUACAACGGAAAAUGACGAAGCAGAGACGAAUGGUAAUGAGAACGAACAACUUGUUAAUAAAUCAAACGGCAGGCACCAAGAAGAAGUCGAAGGUGUAGGCAAAAGGCGUUACCUCGAUCUAAACGAGCUUGCCCCUGUAGCUGGUUUUGAUGAUGGUCCAAAUACGGUAUUGAAGGAUGAUGAUAACAACACAGACAAUUCAUAA